GGGCGCGGGGUCCGGAGCGCGCCGGCUCGGCUGGGCGGCCGCGGACAUGUGCAAGAUGUCCUUCAAGAAGGAAACGCCGCUGGCCAAUGCUGCGUUCUGGGCAGCACGGAGAGGAAACCUGGCCCUGCUGAAGCUGCUGCUCAACAGUGGACGCGUGGACGUGGACUGCAGAGACAGCCACGGCACCACACUCCUCAUGGUCGCCUCCUACGCCGGCCACAUAGACUGUGUGAAGGAACUGGUGCUGCAAGGAGCAGACAUCAACCUGCAGAGAGAGUCAGGUACAACUGCCCUGUUCUUUGCUGCCCAGCAAGGCCAUAACGAUGUUGUGAGAUUUCUCUUUGGAUUUGGAGCAUCCACUGAAUUCAGGACCAAAGACGGGGGCACGGCCCUGCUGGCUGCCAGUCAGUACGGGCACAUGCAGGUGGUGGAGACCUUGUUGAAGCACGGAGCCAAUAUCCACGACCAACUUUAUGAUGGAGCCACGGCCCUCUUCCUAGCCGCCCAAGGUGGUUACUUGGACGUUAUUCGAUUAUUGCUGUCUUCGGGAGCUAAGGUCAACCAGCCAAGGCAGGAUGGCACGGCGCCCCUGUGGAUCGCGUCCCAGAUGGGCCACAGCGAGGCGGUGCGGGUGAUGCUGCUGCGAGGGGCCGACCGCGACGCUGCGCGCAACGACGGCACAACAGCAUUGUUGAAAGCAGCCAACAAAGGGUACAAUGACGUUAUAAAGGAAUUGCUGAAGUUCUCGCCUGCACUUGGUAUUUUGAAGAACGGGACAUCGGCGCUGCACGCGGCAGUGCUCAGCGGGAAUAUUAAAACAGUCGCGCUGCUCCUGGAAGCAGGGGCGGACCCGUCCCUGAGAAACAAGGCCAAUGAACUUCCGGCAGAACUGACCAAAAACGAACGCAUAUUGCGCCUGCUGCGGAGUGAAGAAGGACACAGGAAGAACUAACUUAGCUCCGUGCCUGAUGGAAAGAUAGAAACCUUAACCGCAUCGUUCACCAAGAAAUUCCUUUUCAAACAGUGUAAGGGGUUCUUUUAGGAAAGACAUGCCCACCCUGUGGGUCCCUGACCAAGAAGAGCUGGGCUUUGUGCACUGGGUCAGGAGUGGAACAGCUCAGGGUCCCUUUCCCCUCCCGGAACGUGGGCUUCUUGGACACUGCCCGGUGAUUCGGCCGUGGUUGCCCUAGCGCAUUCCUGGAUCCACAGAUACUUCUGUUCAGUUAUGUUCAUUGGGGUCUCUCGGUUACCAGUAAGAUGCACAAGGUUUUCAGCACCAAGCAAGGAGACAAAAAGCAUUGAACGAUUGGCCUUUAAUGAGGUGAUGCACUUUUGCUUUGGUGUUAACAUGUGUAUUCUUCUAGAACAUACAGACCCGUCCUGUUUUACAUAAAUUUCUGUGUGUCACUCCCAUGUAAAAUGUUUUCUGCUACCCAAGACCAAAGCCAGAAGUACAAUGAAUCAGUGAUAUGUCAACACCUGUUGUUAAAAAUCUGCUCUGAUAUCCCAGCGUAUGCCAGUCAAAGACGGACCACUGAACUACAGAGAAGACAAACUGCGUUUGUUAUUUGAUCCUCACCUCAUUCCUGACACGUAAAAACCAUUCUUACGUUGAGUCAGUAUCAUAGGUAUGUCAGGAUACCAGUAGCAAACUCAGAAAUUCAGUAAAUUGCACACCACAAGAAAUCUGUGUCUCUUUGCUUUUGUUUCUGUCCCUGGGCGUCUGUAUCCCAUGCCACAAGCAAGUAGACCUCAUGUGCUGUGGCAUCUCUGGGAUCUUGAGCUUCUGGCACUGCAUCACUUCGUACAGUGCCAUUGAGAUCCUUGGCUGGAAUAGGAUCCAUGCAAGUGCAGGGUGUUGCUGUUCCUGCUGCAGGCAUGCAAGUAAUAAAAGACUGUUAGUGUUUCAUAAGUGUUUACCUCUGCAUGUUCUUGGGUUGACUGAUUCCAAGAAAGAAUGCUGAGAGUUACUGAAAUAUUCCUUUGGGGGGGGCGGUUAAAUUUGCUGUUCAAUGCACUUUAUAAUCAGUGGUGUCUAGCGGCCUCAGUGCCUAACUGCAUACAUAAAAACUGCACCUUCCUUCUGUACUCUUGCAUAAGAAACACGGACAGCAUCUCUGUUACUCAAGCUCACCUUAGCUUUCUUGCUCACAUUCUGUUCUGUUUCCAGCCAGUGUUCUUCGUGAGCACAUGUUACCCUAAAGGGAAAUGCUAUAAUCCCCAAGUAAUUGUUGUUUAACCAACUUGCAGUGGUACUAAAAGCAUUGUUUGUAAAUCAGUAAAUCAUAGAUUAUAAUUUUGGAAAGUGGAAGUGUUCUCUUAAAAUAUGCUAAGAUUGAUUCCACAGGACGUGGGCUUCUUUUGAUCAGUAGCCCAAACAAAGCCGGUCCUGGGCAACCCACAGCCUUCAGCCUGAUGAGCUUUGCAGAAAUCCUGCCAUCUAAUUCCAGGAUGGAAGACUAGAAAGCUCUGUUUCAUUACAGCAUCCAGCUGUAAGCAUUUUGGUAGCUAAAAGUGCCAAUUUCCUCACUGACAUUCUUUGAUUCAGCAAAGUUGUACAAAUACAUGUGUUUUCGCUUAUGGGAAUUUCAGAAAGCAACAUUCAUUUAAAAGAGGAAAAUAAAGUGGCCUUAAAUGUUUGAUAUGUUUCCCCUUAGUCCUAAUGCUAAAAACAGUUGCUUAUUAUUGAUAUAAAACAACAGUGCUGCAGCUCCUGAUGAGUUCCAGAAGACGAAUGGGGUGAAUGACAAAGUCAGUGUGUUUCACUAAGACUUGUCAUCAGCUUGGUAUUUAAAGCAUUUGAAGUGGACGAUGUUCUUAAACAGUGGUAGGGGCCCCAAGAAUGAGGCCAGUGGCUUUAACACCGUUUAGUGGAGAUCUUCUUAGUGCAGGUAUGAGGCGUCGAGCUAGAAGGAUCAUUUCUGAUCUAGGCAAGAGUAUAAUUUUAUCCACAGCAGGAAAGGAGACUGAUCACUUUUCAAAGGCUGAAUGAGGGUCUGGUAUUUUAAAACUUGCCUUUUAGUUUGAAAACAAAUAGAUGAUUUUUAUUUAAUGUUCAUUUAAUUCACAGUUCAUUGGCUCUACAUCCUCAGAUUCAAAACUAGCAAUUCCUAUGCAAAUCGUCUGCUUAAUUGAACUACAAAGGUUUUUCAUUACAUUCACUUAUUUGCUGACACAUGCCAUGUUAUAAACCAAAAUAAAGUUGAUAUAUU